ACUAUUGUAGUACACUAGUACAUAUAAUAAUAAUGACAUUAUUAUUUAUUAUGGUAUAGGUAGCUGCGCCUGCGACAUCGGACUCAUUAUUUUCAAGUGUUUUAACGGCGUGCGCGGGCGUGUGUAUUACAACUAAAUAAUCGCUUAUAAUAAUGGGUACAUAUAAUUAUUAUGGUAGCGAUAUUGUACGACCCCGCGCGAGCAUGUGCACCGGACGCAGAGUCGCUUUUCCGGUCAAACGCAGUCGCUCCGUCGUCGGAAACGGUCUUCCGGUACGUGAAUGAUCAUCUAGUUGACGUGCCGUAAAAAUAUAAAUCGUGGUUCUUAAAUCAUCAACUAUUCCACUAAAUAUCCAAUAUGGCUUGCGAAUCUUCUACUCGUGUUCUGUUGGUCACUGCGAACAUUGGGUCGAUAUUCGAAAAUCCAAGUGUGAUGUUAAAAAUAUGGACUGAAGAAUUCUUGAACACUGUGAGCAGAUUGGAUCCAUAUUUUAUAGCUUUACAUUGUCAAGAGGUUGGUGGAAAAAAUUACGAAGAAAGCAUGAAACACGUCAAUUUUUUUGUUAGUUUAUUGAUGACAAGCAAAGAAUUAAGGAUCUUCAAUAGAGCUCAAGUAUUUCUUGAUGAAGAGUUCACAUCAGCGGAAAAUUUUACAGCUUUGGGAAACUUUUAUUUUAUUCAUGAAGCCAUAAAAGAAGCAUCUAUAUGGGAUUUUAAUGAACAAGAGUUUUUACCUGUCACUGAAAAAAGCAUAUAUUCUGGAAAUAUUGAACAUAUUUCCACAAAAGAAAAGUCUAAAUUUCCUCAAGAUUUUUUUCCAGAGUGUAAAUGGUCACGUAAAGGGUUUUUGAGAACUAGAUGGAAGUUAAAUGGUUCUGUAUUUGAUCUCAUAAAUAUUCAUUUGUUUCACGAUGCUUCAAAUUUUACUGCAAUGCAAUCUCACUCUUCUAUUUAUUCUAUCAUGAGACAAAAAGCACUUGAAUAUACUUUAGAUCGGUUUCGUAAUUAUGAAUUUGGAUUUGCUCCGUUUUUUUUAUUUGGAGAUUUUAAUUUUCGCACGGAUACUAAAGCUGUUAUUAUGAAAAUAGUUGAGGGGUUGGAUAUGGUAAAAGAUGACGUUGAUAAAGAUAACUUAGUUUUUCAGUAUACAGACAAUUCAAAAGAAGUUAUUUUUACUUUAAAAAAAAAAGAAUUUCGCCAUCAGGACCAUCAAAAUAUAUUUGUAUCAAAAAGUGGAUCAUGGUUGAAAGAUUUUGAUCAUGAAUUAAAAUCAUUUGAAGAACAAUUAUUUGAAUUUCCUAUACAUUUUCAACCAAGUUAUCCAUUUGAAGAAAAUGAACACGAAGGAAUGAACUAUAUGCAGACCAGAUGUCCAGCUUGGUGUGAUAGAGUAGUUUUAAGUGCUGGUGCUAAACUAUUAAUUAACGAUAAGGCAUCAGAAGUAGAUGAUAAUGAUGAAGUGGAGUAUGAUCUUAUUGGGAAAAAAACAUGCAUGGGAGAUCAUAAGCCUGUGUACUUGAAAUGUGACAUUAUGAACAACGCAGGUUUUACAGAAGUAAAUGUUUGGGAAAGGACAUUGCUUGAUUCUAAACUUCCCGAAGACAAGAACUUCGUUCACUUAAAGGAGACUACUGUUUAAAUCAAGAAAUAGGUAUAAUGUCGUAAAUGAAAUACAAAACAUUAAACACGACAAGCUUAGCUGUAUACAAAUCAACGUACAUAAUACCUACCAAACAUAAUACAAAAUAUACGUCAUACACUUAUUUAAUAUAUUAUAUAUCUAUACCACGCAAUAUAUGGUGUAUAUAUAGUAGUCAUUACCUACUCAUUAAUAUAAUAAUAUGAUAUUUACUAAUUUAACAUGAAUGUAACAUAUUAUAAUAUUAUUUAUCAUUUUAACGUCUUUAUCGCUGAAUUACGUAUGCAUAAUAUGCGUAUAAUGUAUAUAUAAUAUGUUAUAUAAUAUUUACACUAUACUUACCUAUGUCGUAUACAAAUAGAUUCAAUUAAUGAUAAUUAGUUCCUUUAUUUUACUGAUAUUUGCGUAUAUUAAUACGUGUACUUAUAGUUUUACCCGUGCAGUAUAUAGAUUGUGCAAUUAUUUAUAUUUUGUAUACAAUGAAUUAAUAAUAUACUUUUUCUAUUCGAAUUAAAUGUGUUUGUACAAUAUCUGCGUAUAAAAACGGCGUAUGUUACCGUGUGUUGUGUCAGAUGCAUGUAUAAAUUACUUGCGUUUAAUUUAUAUACCUAUUAAACGAAUUGUAGCGUAAAGUUUCGGCUAAAAAAAAAAAUGUAUUAAGUAUUAUAUUAUGUAAUUGUUAAAUUGUAUUUGUAUCUUAGCGAUUUUCUCAUCCUUGUUAUAUUUAAAAAAUAUAUAAAUAUUUAAUUGACUCCAAUAUACUAACUAGGGGUAUGUAAUUAUAAUCGUUUUACUUUAAAACUUUCUUUUAGGAUUGUAUUGUAUACAUGAUCAUAUAACUGGAUGGUGCGCUGGUAGAAAGGAAUAAAUCAAAAUCAGUAUAGGUAAUAUAAUUUUCGAGAAAAAUUUAAUUUUAAAAUUAAUUAUUGUAUAAUUAUGAAUUUUCGUUGUAGAUAGUUAAUUAAGAUGAGAAACAAUUGAAAAUUCAAAUAAGUAUUCCGAAUAUUCGUAUAUUUUGAUAAUUAAAACUACGUAGUACAUGCCUACUUAGAUAACUUAAUAAUCGUUAUAAGACGUAUAAUAUAGCCAAUUUGAUCGUUUUAAUAGUAGUGUGGCAGCGCACCGUCCCACUACACGUAAUAUUCUAUAGUUGUUGUUAAAGCUCUACAUGUUGUUACUUACGGAUAUUAUCGGUAAAUUCAAGUCUGAAAAGUUAACUGAAUAAUAAUUAUUACCUAUUAUCACUAAGUAGUAAUAAGCAUUAUUCAUAAUCCACAACAAAUGGGCGUACGAUGAUAUUUAAAUUCACUUUUAGACCAUUCAAACACUUAAUCGAUUAAUAGGUACAUCGUACAUAAUGUAUAUUAUAUUAAUUCUUCGAUGUUCAUUGAUUGAGUCAAAUAAAAAUUAAACAUAACACACACGUAUGGCAAAUUAUUGGUUGGUGCCUACACAUCUGCCGUCCAGAAUUUAUGAAUUCAUAAAUUUAGUGAGUUUCGAAACGAUAUAAUAUGUUAAUAUUUUCUUAUACCUAUGCCUUAAUAAUAAUAAUCAAGUGUUCACAAAAUCAAUACGAUAAAAAGAGACCUUAAACAACUAGGUAUUUAUUAAAUUACCUUUCUAUCUACAAUGUUAUUAUGUUAGUAGGUAUGUUACCAAUAUGAUCAUAUAAACCAAUUCACUUACCACUAAGUCCACUGUUCAUUUCUUGAUAUUUAUUUUGAUGUAUAUUAUAUUUAUAUAUUAUUAUGUAGGGUACAUAAAUUUAAUAUUAACGAUAAUAUUGUAAUAUGAAACAUAUUUUAAACCAGUACCUAUAUACCUACCUAUUACCUAUAUAUAUUAAUCAUCAUGUAUAAAUAGUUUAAAGUAUUACGAAUUUACGAUUACAACUCGGUAUUGCGUCACACCCCAUUAGACUUUAACUCUAUCAAUUAGCAGAAUUUCCGUGUAAAAAUGGUAUUAUACUAUAACCAGUAUAAUCUAUUUAUUAGGUAUACGUACGUUAUGGUUUUUUAAAAUUUUUAUUCACAUCACACGAGUGGCAAGUAAACAGACAUAAAUGUACCUAAUAUUGUAUUACGCUACCAUUUCGAUUUCCCAAGACCAGAUGGUCAUCUCAUUAUAUUAAGUACCUACUACCUACCUAUUAGUUAUUACUUAUUAGGUAUCUAUUAUUAUUAUUAUUAUUAUUUAUUAAAAUACAUACAUUUAAUACUACGUACUUUAGUACCUUUAUUGUAUUAUGCGGUUAUAAAUUAUAAUUAAUAACUAUUAUUAUACUUAUUUAUUGUUAAAAUAAUUAUUAUUUAAUCACCAGUACUUGAUGUAAACAGACGUGUGAAAAAUGAAAAUAUAUUUUAAGUAUAAGUUUGUGAUCUUGAAAAACGAUCUAUUUCAUCAUAUAGGAAUGAUUUAAUCAAAAUAAUGGUAUAAGAUGACAAUCAAAUAUUAAUUAAAAUGUACAAUUACGGUACACAUUACAUUAUAUAAUAAAAUAUAUUGUUGUGAAAAUCGUUUAUUUCCACGCACUUAUUACCUGCCUAUAUAAUAUUAUAUUGUAUACCUACCUAUGUGUUUGUUAAUUAUUUCGUUUUUAAAAUCAUAUUAUAAUAAUUGUAGGCUACGUAUAUUAGGUAUGAAGUAUUAAAUUAAAUUACAUUGAUAAAAGAUAAAAAAAUAUAGUUAAUUGUUACUUAAGAUGUACCUACUACCUAUAUAGUGUUAAUUUUAAGUAUACAUUUAUAUACAUCUAUACUUAGUACGUUAAUAUGUUAAUGUUAUACACCUUUACCUGUACCUUAUACCAAAUUGUAUUUGUAUUAAUAAAAUUGAUGAAUGAAUAA